AUGGGGUCAUCCCCAGGGACCAUCCUCUGCUGCCUGAUGGAGCUCUGUCCCAGCACCGGCUCUGCCAGGGCAGGUUUGCUCUCCCUCAUCCUCGCAUCUCUGCUGAGCAGCCCCUCGCUGCAGAAAUCCCUGCCCACCACCUACAGAGACCACAAGGAUCCCCAGCAAGGCACGGGCCUGAUCCAGUGCGGUGAGUACAGCAACCAGGUGCUGCCCAACGGCCGCUGUAAGAUCGUGGCCACGCUGCCGCAGGGGGACGAGCAGCGGUGCCCAGACAUGUUUCGUUGCACCGACGAGGUGUCCUACUGGCUCCAUGAGAACGAGGAGCGCAAGCAGCAGGUCCUGGAGCUGCGGGAGCUGAUUGCAGAGCUGCAGGAAGAGCUGAGGAACCACCGGCACCGCAUCAAAGUCCUCGAGCUCCAGCACGAGGAGGCGGCCGGCAGGAACUACAGCCUGGCCCAGCGGGUGCAGGACCUGGAGCAUCGGUACAGCGAGGCCAGCACCCUGCAGCACAUCCAGGCCACGCUGCUCUACGACAUGCAGGCGCAAAUAAACAACAUCUCCGUCCUGACCGACUGGGCCUGGCGUAACCCGCCCUGCCUCGGCCCUGCCGAGAUGAGGCUGCAGGAGGAGAUGCACCAUCCAGGUGAUGGGGAGCUGCUGGAGGCGGAGAUGAAGCAUGCCAGGAACUGCCCCAUCGACUGUGCUUCCGUUUAUUACAACGGGCUCCGGCGGUCGGGUGUCUACAGCAUCAUGCCCUCGGUCGGCGGGAUGCCGAUUGAAGUGCUGUGUGAGAUGGACACUGAAGGUGGGGGCUGGACAGUCAUCCAGAGGCGUCAGGAUGGCUCAGUUGACUUCAACCGGACCUGGAAUGAGUACAAGGAGGGCUUUGGGGACCUCAACGGCGAGUUCUGGCUGGGCAACGAGAACAUCCACAAGAUGACGAGCCAAGGGGACUACUCUCUGCGCAUCGACCUGGAGGACUGGAACAACAAGCACAAGCACGCCUUCUACCAGGUCUUCAGAAUUGAGGACGAGUCGAACUAUUACCGCCUGCACGUGGACGGGUUCAGUGGGACGGUGGAGGAUUCCUUUGCCUGGUACCACAACAAGAGGAGCUUCAGCACACCCGACUCGGGGAACAUCUGCGCCGAGAUUUCCCAUGGAGGCUGGUGGUACCACCAGUGCUUUUUCUCCAACCUCAAUGGGGUGUAUUACAAGGUAAAUGGAAGGAUGAGGAUGCAGAUGUGCUACAUGAGGUCCAGGGGUGGACGAUACUCCAUCAAAAACCGCAAGGUCCUGGGGCCGGACGGCAUCGUGUGGUACUCAUGGAAGGACACAGACUACUACUCCCUGAGGAAGGUGGUCAUGAUGAUUCGCCCACGCACUUUCCGGCCUCACCUCUCCCCAUGA